CCUCAUAAAAACUAUUCAAUACAAACUUACUGCUUUUAAAAGGUUUAUUUCAAUGUAAACAUUCUGUAUCAUUCUUAGCGUAAUACUUACAGGCGCGGACGCGUCGUAUGUGCGUGUUCGCGCUACGAAAUUAGUUUAUAUUCAACAAAACAACAUUAUUAUUCGUUUUGCGAUGGACAGACUUGACGUGAUUAUUGUUGGUGCAACCGGUUUUACGGGGAAACAUGCAGUGAAAAAUCUAGUAAAAAUCAUAAAGAACUCUUCGGACUUGUCUCACAUAUCCUGGGCUAUAGCGGGACGAUCAAAGGAAAAAUUAGAGAACCUUCUUUUGGAAUUAGAGGAUAUUGGUGAAACAAAAGCAAACGUCAUUGUUAUAAAAUGUGACGUUGAAAAAGACGAUCUCCGCGAUGUCACCAGAAGAGCUAAAGUCCUGAUCAACUGUACGGGUCCCAACACAAUACUGAGUGAUCCCAUCGUCAAGGCUUGCUUGGAGACUAAAACUCACUAUGUGGAUAUAUCCGCUGAACUUUAUCACAUGAUUCACUUGUAUCGGAAUCACCACAAAGUGGCAGUUGAGGCCAAUGUUGUUGUUGUACCAGCAUGUGGUUUUGCCGCUAUUCCUUUAGAGACGGGCCUAUCACUAUUGGAGAAGAAAUUUAAUGGUACAUUGGACACUGUGGAAGGUUACUUUGAUAUAAUUUUACCUAAAAGGGCAAACUUCCCGGGAAAAUGCGUCAUACAUUUUGGGACAUGGGAGUCUCUGGUGCACGAACUACAAAACCUAAGAGAAUAUCAACGUUUGAAAGCGGAAACCUUUCCGCACAAUAUGUAUCCUCCAGAACCGGCUGGACUCAAAAGGUCAUUUUUCCACAGAGAACGGGGAAAAUUUUGGUUUCCUUACCCUGGACCUGACAGAGAUGUAAAUGAGAUGUCCCAAAGAUAUUUAUAUGAGACGAAAAAGAAGAAACCUUACCAUUGCAAACUGUACACAGCCACUCCAAUGUUCUUCCAAAUGUUAAUUAUAGUUCCGGCGAUGUUCCUUUACUAUUAUUUGUCCUACUUUAAGUGCUUCAGAAAGCUGCUAGUCAAAUUCCCGGGAUUUUUCACAUUAGGAUAUGUCUCACAUAAAGGACCAACAGAAGAAAUCGCCAAAGAAACAAAAUUUAAGUUAACGUUGUUAGGGAAAGGCGUCGGUGAAGAUUUAAAAGAAAAAUCUUUAAAAGUUCAAGUUUCCGGAUCUGAUCCUGGUUAUGAAACAACUUCUAUUGCAGUGGUGAUUUCUGCUCUUACGUUGUUAGUUGAAAAUGCGAAAAUACCAAAGGGUGGAGUACUCGGUGUUGGUGCAGCUUUCCGGGAUACGAAUAUAGAAGACCGAUUGAUGCAAAAUAAGGGACUCAAAUAUGAAAUAUUUAACUAGAUUUAUUGAAAAAUCUUCUUUAGCUUAAUUAGUAUAUAAUAUGAGGUUCAUUAUGUAUGUUGUAUUUGGUUUGAUAUAUUAAAUAAAACUGACUUUACCGAUCUGCGUAUUAAUCAAUCAUCAAUCUGAGGGCGAUUUUGUAAAAUAAAAUCUCACUUCCGAUUUCGGUAGCUGCCAUUUUAGACAUUAGUUUGAUAUGCAUUAAGCCAUUACACAGAAAAAUGUGGCUUUGCCUGUAAAAGCAGCCAGUAUUAGAUAUUUGACAUUAAUCAGAAAUCCGAAUAAAAGAGACCGUAAGUAAGAUUUCAUUUUACAGAAUACCUUUUCUUUCUUUACUAGCCAAAAUCUCCUUAAUCCACUCCAAUCAAGCUUUCGUCCUGGCCAUAGCACUGUCAGUGCUUUAGUUAAGGUUACUGAUGUUAUACGACUUGGUAUGGAUAAUAGUCGCCUAACUGUGCUUACUUUAUUGGACUUUAGUAACGCUUGUAACACCUUUGAUGUUCUCCUAUCCGUGUUACGCUCUCUUAACAUAUCUCCAACGGUAUUUGACUGGUUUCGCAGUUAUCGCAUGGGCGUAGGCAGCGUGUUCGCCUUGAUGACCAAUUCUCGUCAUGGUACAACACGUCUGCUGGCGUUCCGCAAAGCCGCGUAUUAUCUCCUCUUCUUUUUGCAACAUCAAUUAAUUCAAUCUACAGAUACGAUUUACAGAUAUAUUGCCAGGCUCCACUUGAAAAACUUGAAGAAGCAGUAUUAAAAACCAAUCUUGAUCUAUGUCGAAUUGCAGAAUGGAGUAAAGCUUUUGGCCUUAAUGUUAACCCUAUUAAAACUCAAGUUAUGGUAGUGGGUAGCUCCAAAUUAUUGUCACUAAUUAACUGGAUUGCUCUUCCUAAAGUAAAAUUCAAAGGAACUGAUAUACCUUAUAGUACAACGGCGAAAAAUCUGGGAGUGAUAUUAGACAGUACAUUGAGCUGGGAGUCACAGCUACAAGCUGUAAGUCGGAAGCUGUAUGCGUCUGCUGGUUCAUUAAGAAGACUACGUAACUUUUUACCUACUGCCACUAAAAUUAUGUUAUCUCAAUCUCUGUUGCGUCCAGUCCUUGAUCAUGCUGACGCCUGCUAUCCUGACCUUACGGAGGACUAGCUAAAUAAACUUGAGCGCCUUUAAAAUUUCUGCAUCAGGUUCAUAUUUGGUUUAUGAAAAUAUGAUCACGUUUCCCAGUAUCGCCCUCAACUCAAGUAGCUUCCAAUUUGUCGUCGCCGGGAUACUCAUAUAUACUAUACCAUACCAUACCCAGACGUUACGCUCAUCAGAGAAUCUGAGCCUUAAAACUCCUGUACACAAUACCUCCUGUUAUAAAUAUUCCUUUUGUGUUGAAGCUGUGCGCCUCUGGAACUCUCUUCCUGUUGAGAUUAGACGUGCACAGACUAUAGGAAAGUUUAAAAGUGAGGUAAAGGAUUUUUUCCUUCUACAAUAAUUGAUUGUGUUGUUCCCAUGCAUUCUUCCUGUUCUUGCUUGCAUCAUAUUAUUAUUAUUAAAUUUAGUUAAAAUAUGUAUUUUAUUUUAUGUACCAAUAUAUGUUUUUGUUUGUUUAAUUGAAUUUUUAUCAGUUUCUAUUUUGAUUUUAAUGUAACAGUGAUUUUAAUCAUGGUUAUAUUUUGUUUUCCUUUUUUUUUCUAAUUUAGUUUUAUAAUCGCACACCCCCGCUUUAAUUAAAUUUCGUCUCUCCAUCCUAUGGUUGUCUGGAUGAAAUAGCUACAUAGCCAUAAGACCGCCAAUUGUCCACUUUUUUAAAUUAUAGUCCUAAUUUGUUACUUUAUGAUGUGGUGUGUUCAAUAAAGAAUUAUCUAUCUAUCUAUCUAUGCAGAGAGAGUUAAGCUCAUGAAAAUAGUUACUAAUAUUCGCAUCUUAGCUUACUCAGAUUUUUUAUUUUUGACUUUACAAAAAUUCGAUAUGGCUAAGUGGGGGCCACUACAGUUAGCAUAACAAAGAUCAUUCGGCUUGUCACAGUCUUUGUAGAAAAGUUUGCGGGAACAUAUAUUACAGCGUUGUUUGCCGUGUAAUCAGAGGCCGUUACAUAUUUUUGCUGAAUGGUUGAAUAUAAAACAGCUAUAGCACCACAGAUAGCAUCGUUGCAGAAGAAGGACGUAUUCGGGUACUAUGAAAGUAAAUUAUAUUAUAUAUGGUGAGGUAGAUUAUUUGCCAGGAAAGUAAUGCUUACAGUUGGUAAGGGGACUCUUUCGCGACAAUUUUUUUUUAGAUCUGCGCAUAAAAAAGUUGAGUCUAGUGUUAAACUGCUUGAAUAUUAUUGCAAUUUUGCUAGCAUUUACAUGGUGAAUGGUCACCAAGUCUUUAAUAUCAUUAAUAAAAAUGUGAUUAAAGUACUGUUGUUACCCAAACGUUCUUUUUUGUCGCUUUCUACGAACAGUUUAUACUCAAAGUUAGUUGAAUUUUCUGGAUAUAGCCUUUUAGUCAAGUUAAAGUUAUAGGGUAUAACGUCUGUACUUUCCUCACCGUCGCCAAUAGCAUUAGGAUCUUCGCCCGAUAAGUGUCUUCUUCUUGGUCGUUUCCCCGAAGAUCCCGAGCCUGGAUUGGCCGGGGGGAUGUCACCCCCAGUCUCGCUGUCUAACAUAUUUUAUUCAAAGUUAAAUAAAUACCAUUUUCAAACUACUGUGAGGUAUAAAGAAAAUAUAACUAGAAAAGAAAUCCACGCGGACCAGGCAGCAGACGGG